AUGAUAUAUAUAAUCAUUAGCUUGAUUGUAAUUUUUGCUAUCGCUUUUUUCUUUAAUACUUAGCCAAUAAAAUAAAAGAUUAAAAAGAAGAUAACAAAAGAGAAAUCAGAAGGAAAAGAAAACGAAUCCUUAGAGCAUGCUUAUAUUGAAUCUAAAAGUAGUGGAUUAUUAUUUUGUAAUGUUUGCAAAAAGCUACUGUUUAGUUUAUGGGGAGCAUAAUAUCAUGAAUGUUUAAUAUGUGGAAUAUAUGUUCAUAAAAAAUGUAGAAAAAAUCAAAUACAAUGCAAAAUAAUAAAAUAAUUAGAUAAAGAACUUACUCAUUAAUGGUUAAGUGGGAAUCUUCCUGUGAAUUCAAUAUGUUGUCAUUGUGGAUUAACUUGUGGAUAUUUUUUUGAUUUGGAAGGAAAAAGUUGUCUUUGGUGUUAAAAAGUUGUUCAUGAAGAAUGUAAAGAUAAAGUAAAUUAAUAAUGCGAUUUUGGAGAAUUUAAAGAUGCUAUUAUUUUACCAAAUGGGAAUUACGUUAAGCCAAUAAUUGUAGUAAUCAACUAGAAAUCUGGAGGAUAAGUUGGAGUAGAUUUCUAUAAAUCAUUUCUUAGGUAUAUUAAAUAUAUUAUAAGAUUUUUGAAUCCUAUAUAGGUAUUAAAUAUAUAGGAGAUGGAUAAAUUAAAGAAUUUUGCACAUAUAAAAACAGCAAGAUUGAUAACAGCAGGAGGAGAUGGAACAGUAGCUAGUGUAAUAAAUUAUAUAAAAGAAUUUGAUUGGAAUCCUCCUAUAGCCAUUCUACCAUUAGGAACAGGUAACGAUUUAAGUAGAGCAUUGGGAUGGGUAAGAAUUUAAUUAUAUUAUUAUAUAAGGGUGGAACAUACGAAUAGCUAGAUGCAUCUCAUGUUUUGUCAAAAGUAAUGAAUAAUGAGAAUAUUACAUUAUUAGAUAGAUGGAAUGUAAAAAUAGGGAAUAAAAAUUAUAAACUAUUUAAUUAUUUUGGUAUAGGAUUAGAUGCUAAAUUUUGUUAUGAUUUUCAUAAUUUAAGAUAGACAUCACCUUAAUUAUUUAAAAGUAGAUUAGGCAAUAAAUUAAUUUAUACUCAUAUGGGUUUGAAUGAUUUAAUUAAAAAUGAGAAAAGUGGUUUAGGAAAAAGAAUAAAAGUUACUUGUGAUGAUGUGAUUGUAGAUAUACCUGAUUAAGUUGAAAAUGUGAUUAUUUUAAAUAUUAAUUCUUGGAGUGGAGGAGUUACUGGAUUAUGGGAAUAAGAUGCAGAUUUUAAAUAAUAAAAAAUUAAUGAUGGUCUAUUAGAAAUAAUUGGAGUUACUAGUAUAUUGCAUUUGGGUAGAAUUUAAGUUGGUUUAGAUAAACCUUAUAAACUUGGAUAAGGUAGAAAAAUUUCAAUCACUUAUCCUUCAAAUUCUUAUGUCCAAAUUGAUGGUGAACCACUCUCUAUUGGACCUUCAAUUAUUGAGAUUUCUUUGGUUGAUAAAGUACAAGUAUUGACAAAUUAUGAAUUGACUUGGGAAAAUAGAUUUUUAAAGACAAUGGAAUGGGCUGAAGAAUAAAAGCACAUUACGAAAUAUGCAAAAAAUGAAAUUGUUAAUCGUAUGUUACAUUAUUAUUAAUGA